UAUGAUUUAUGUAAUACUUCCCAAAACAUUUUGUAUAAAGGCUGGAAAUGUAAUAAUCAUUUCAAAAUAUAAAGUUUGAUAAGAUAGGACGUUAAUGUGUUAGGCCUAUAAGUGGUGUUUAUGUUGAGUGCAGGAUAACCUACAUUAGGUGAGGCAAGUAGCUUUCUUUAUUAGUCACUUAGUACUAUUCAUUUAACCAUUUUACUCAUAACAUCUGCUUCAUUCAGCAAAAAAGCUGUUCAAAUUAUUUGAACUGACACCAGUUUAUGAGGCUGCCAUUUUACAAGUUUGAGAUACCAAAACAAAAUUAGUGUUUAUUAUUAAAAAUACUGAAAAUAUAUUUAAACUAAAAAGGUUUAUUAUAGAAUAGAGAGAUACAUGCCAUAAAUGUAUAAAGAUAAUUUUAUAUUACAAAAUUCCCCCCAGACCCAAAAAUAUGCACGUCAUUGACCCAUUGCGUGGCGGAGGUGAUACACCACCAUGUGCUCUCGUGACGUGUGACGAGAGCGCGCAUCAUCAGCGCUCAAAUUCUAAUCGUGCACUUUUCCAACUGUAGUCUACGACAUUGUGUAGUGUGUGGUGGUCGAGGAGUUUGCCUUUAAAGCAUAUUUCUAAUUUCUCACUGACUGUUUCAUUUAUAUGUUUUACGGCUUGAUUUGCUGCCUUGUCUUUUGUCACAUAACAAAGCCGAGCGCAAUGCACACCUGCCAGAGAUUGUAGCGACAAACAUACGCGCAGUUGAGUGAAAAGCUGGUGUCUUUAAGGAGGGGUUGGCCACUAAAAUAGCCAGUUUUAAAUGGUCUGGUUCAAGUUAUUAUCUGGAUUUCUUCAUCAAAACUGGGAUCUAUGAGCGGGAAAGCAUUACUCAAGAUUAAAGAAGAUAAGGAUGCAACCAAGGUUUACACAGUACAAGAUGGCAAGGAGUAUAUUCUGUUGCGGGUGGAGUCAACUCAGUCUAUUGCAGUAGAUCCAAAAGAAUACUCAUCAUUUCAUAAUAAAUGUCAAGAACUCUUUUGCUGUCCAAUCUGGAAAAUCUUCAUACUAAAGAAAAAAGAGAAUAUUGAAGAGCCCCAGCUCAAGGGGAUAGUCACCAAGCUCCACAGUCGACAGGGCUUUCAUCUUCAGCUACAGGCUGAUGGGACCAUCGAUGGUACAAAGGAGGAAGAUAACAGUUAUGCUAUUUUCAACCUUAUCCCUGUUGGGCUACGGGUGGUGGCCAUACAGGGUGUCCAAACAAAGCUCUACCUGGCCAUGAACAAUGAAGGCUACCUGUACACCUCUGAACACUUCACACCAGAGUGCAAAUUCAAAGAGUCCGUGUUUGAAAACUAUUACGUGACCUACUCGUCAAUGAUCUAUCGGCAGCAGCAGUCGGGCCGAGGCUGGUACCUGGGUCUCAACAAAGAAGGUCAAAUCAUGAAGGGCAACCACGUAAAGAAGACCAAGGCUGCUGCACACUUCAUCCCCAAACCUCUCAAAGUUGCUAUGUACCGAGAGCCGUCACUCCACGACCUGACCGAGUUUUCACGCUCCGGAAGCGGCACACCAACCAAGAGCCGCAGCGCCUCGGCUAUGCUCAACGGCGGAAAGACUUUGAGCCACAAUGAGUCGACAUAACCUGCGGUCUGCUGCUGUACGGCUGCUGGACUCUACCAUCAACAAAACAGCACAAAUGCGUUUACAAGAGUGCAGCGAAACCCUAAGCUGGUCGCUAGCAAGUGUUUCCUGAAAUCACUGUGAUGAGAACUCAAGUGCGAAAUCUUUCCAAGAAAACCUACAUUGUACGAUUUUCUGCAGGUCAACCUUGUGAGACAAAGAAAUCAAGCCAUCUUACUGACGUGGGGAUCUGCGUUUGUGGGCAAUCCUCAUUUCCAUGUGUAGCAUACAGAGCUGUGGUUCUCUCUUAGGUCUUUACCUCUUCCAUGACAUUGUUACAAAAACACAAUUUGUGCGUUUUGCUCCAUUUUUCCUAGGGAUGCUAACUCAAUAGUGCAAAAUGAUGAUAGCAGCUUCUGAGACCUAUUUAUUGGUAGAAGCAGAAACCCAAAGGUUUUGGACAUAUGAUAAAAGUCUUUCUGCUUAGCCUUUUUGAUGCAUUGUCGUGUGCUUUUUAGGGGAGCCGUUUUGCCCCUCUUGGAGUCGUCUCUUACUGUGAUUUUAACCUCCUGCCACAUAUCGCUAUUCUGCUAAUUAAAAAGAUUUAGAGUUUGGUCUGUUUGCACACCAAAGAUCUCAUUAGUCCCUAUGUACGGAUGAGAGUUAUUUUAUGUCUGCUUUCUCAGACAGAUGGUUACGAAUACAAAAAGAAUGAAUGUCACGUAGGCGUAUUUGAAGGCUACUCUUUGUGUAUGUAUGAUUUAUCUCUGCUUUAUAUCUGUCUACCUAUCUUAUUUUGGAAUCCAGGAUAUUGGAUAGAAACUCGAAUAAGAAAAUGUCUAAAUUAUUGAUUAGGAUCCACCCAGGUAAUAUUUCUAAUAAAACAGGCAUUUGCUGUUCUUUGUGAAUGAAAAUGAAAUGAAAACUAGCAUUGUUUCAACAGGGCUAAAUAUGCGUAAGUAAAUCAUUUAUGAAUGAGAAUUUAUCUACUUUAGUCAGGCAGCAACCCUGGAUAUAUUUUCGGUCAAAUUCCUCUUUUGUUCUUGUAUGUAUAAGGCAUUUUUAAUGCAUGGGGACAGUGGACACUGCAUGUUGUGUGGCUACGUGUAUUAACUAAUAAUAUUGAACCAUGUGCUCUUAUGGAUACCGGAGUAAAAUACAAGUGUAUAUAUAUACAGUAUGCGUUUUAUCCUGCUACCUGCCCGUUUAUUAGUUGUUGUACAUUUAAGAAGCUGCACCGAAUAAAAUGUUUUGUAUGUUCAGAGCAUUCAUUAUGUUUGCUUUUCGAUUUUUCAUCAGGCAUUCUGCACUUUAUACACUUUAAAAAAAAGAUGGCCCCAUGCUGUCACUAGGGAGAUACCCUUUAAAAGGUCCUAAUAUAGGUACAGAUGUAUACAUUUAAUACCAAUAUGUUCUUCCACUAAUAUGAACUCUUUAGGUGCAAAGGUGUUUUUUUGGAAGGGUACGGUCCCAGUGAGAGCUAGGUAGUAUUUUUGACCAUUUUUUCGGACAGUGUAGCGCUAUUUCCAAAGAACAGCAACUCCAGAUGUAUAUGUGG